AUGUAUUUCAUUACAGACGUCUACAAACUAAACAUAACUGGAAAAUAUGAGAGAAUAAUGGAAGAGGACGGUAAACUGCACUUCCAUAUACUCAACUACAAUUUAGAGCUGGAUGAGCAUGCAACGUCAUCUGUCAUGUACCACAAUCUGUUUACUCGUCCCACUGGAAUGGCUCUGCAAAAACAACUUUGUUACAAUGACGAUGAGUGCCUAAUAAAUGCGGUGAUCGAGAGAGUGUAUCCAAGGUUCGUGGCUGGAGGACAUGGAGUAGAGUCCUCAGAUCCUCUUCACAUCGACGCCAUUGUGGCAGACCUGGCAACCUUCAGAUACGGCCUGUAUAACGCUUCAAUGAUUGGCUUCAAGAACUGUGAAUUCGUCAAAUUUAAUAAUAAACGGCUCAAUUCAUACACUUACUUUGACUAUGGCAUAUCCUGCCCAGUUCUCACUCUUCAAGCACGGUACGACCUCAAUGGCAUCAUAGACUCUAUUCCGGUUGAAGGCAGAGGACAAUGUAAAAUUGUUUAUGAGAAAUACAACAUAUCUAUAAGUGGAAAGCAUGAAAAACUAAAGGAUGAUGAAGGAAAAGAACACGUGAACAUUUUAGAGUAUAAAAUCGUCUCUGAUCUGAAGAAUGGGAGAGUCAGAGAUCCUGAGUACACAGACUUAACUUUUAACCAACAUGACAGUUGCAGUGACCCUUUGAGAAUAAUAGAAGAAAUGACCCGGGAUAUCGUGAUGGAUGUCUUUCUCAACAAAUACAUACAGAAUCUAAAGGAUUUCUACGAACAUAAUUCUGUUGAAGUCUUACACUAUAAAUAUGUUCGAUAA